AAAAAUAAGCAUGACGUCAAUCUUAUACCACGUGGUUGGCGGUAAGUCUCAUCGUGAUACGGGGAUAUUUACAGUGUGGAAGUACUGACUAGUGUAGUAGUGACUAGAGUGAUAAGGACAAGAUUAAACGAGUGAACUUGGAUAGAAGUGAGGGCAGAGGUGGAAAAAUGCCCCCAGUAUCUGGUAAUGGAGGGCUGAAAGAGACGAUCAGUGAAUAUGUCUCCAACAACAAAGUGAUGAUCUUCAGCAAAACCACCUGUCCAUUCUGUAAAAAGGUGAAAGACUUGCUGCAAUCUUCACAGAUCAAAUUUGAGGUGUUGGAGCUGGACCAGCAAGCCAAUGGAAGUGAAAUCCAGAAUGCCCUGCUGGAAAUAACUGGUCAACGAACAGUUCCGAAUGUGUUUGUGGCCGGACAACAUCUAGGAGGCUGUGAUGACACUCUAAAGGCACAUAAAGAAGGCCGACUCCAGCAGAUGUUGAACAUGGGAACUUACGACUACGAUCUAAUUGUUAUAGGUGGUGGAUCCGGAGGGUUGGCUGCCUCAAAGGAAGCAGCGGGUCUCGGAAAGAAAGUAGCCGUCUUUGACUUUGUGAAGCCUACUCCCAUUGGAACCACCUGGGGUUUGGGAGGCACAUGUGUGAAUGUAGGCUGUAUUCCAAAGAAACUGAUGCACCAGGCCGCCAUACUGGGCCAUGGGUUGAGUGAUGCCAAGAAUUUCGGUUGGGAGGUUCCAGAAAAAGUGCAACACAACUGGACCACAAUGAAGGAUGCUAUACAGGAUUACAUUGGCUCCCUGAACUGGGGCUACAGAGUUCAGCUGAGGGAUAAAAAAGUGGAUUAUCACAACGCUUACGCAGAGUUUGUGGAUGAACACACUGUAAAGGCUUUCAACAAGAAGGGUCAGGAGAUCAAGAAGACAGCCAAUCAUUUUGUCCUGGCUAUGGGAGAGAGACCCCGGUACCCUGACAUUCCCGGGGCCAAGGAGUACGGAAUUACCAGUGAUGACCUGUUUUCUCUGCCGUACUGCCCGGGUAAGACCCUGUUGGUGGGGGCGUCCUACGUCUCCUUGGAAUGCGGGGGAUUCCUCCACGCCCUUGGGCUGAAUGUGACCGUCAUGGUCCGCUCGAUCUUACUCCGGGGGUUCGACCAGCAGAUGGCCGAGAAGAUCGGGGACUACAUGGAGGUGGAGGGGGUCAAGUUCAUCCGACCUUGUGUCCCCACAAAGAUUGAAAAGCUUGAGGACGGUCAGCCCGGGAAAUACCGUGUGACUGGGAAAUACGACGAUGGAAUGGAGUUCACUGACGAAUUUAACACUGUGAUAUUUGCAAUAGGACGGGAUCCGUGUACCUCAAGUAUUGGCCUGGACAAAGUGGGCGUCAAGACCAACAAAAGUGGAUUUAUUCCAGUGGAUGAAGAAGAGAGUACAAAUGUGUCGAACAUUUACGCCAUUGGCGACAUCUGUGAGGGCAAGCCCGAGCUGACCCCGGUGGCUAUACAGGCUGGGAGACUGUUAGCCAACAGAUUGUACGGACUCGGAAAGGAAAGGACGGAUUACAUCAAUGUUCCCACGACGGUCUUCACUCCCCUGGAGUACGGCUGUAUAGGUUACUCCGAAGAAGACGCCAUCAAGAAGUUUGGUGAGGACAAACUAGAGGUUUACCACACAAACUUCUGGCCGCUAGAGUGGACAGUGGCCAAACGUCCAGAAAACUCCUGCUAUGCAAAGCUCAUCUGUCUGAUCCCCGAAAAGGAGAAGGUGAUAGGGCUCCAUGUGUUGGGCCCUAAUGCAGGGGAGAUCACUCAGGGUUAUGCUGUGGCAAUGAGACUGGGAGCCACCAAGGCUGAUUUUGAUGCUACCAUCGGGAUCCACCCCACUUGCUCAGAGACAUUUACUACAAUGAAUGUGACCAAGAGGAGCGGCAUGGACAUGCAGCAGGCGGGCUGCUGAGGUUAGACCCUGCCGCUGGACCAGUAAGCUGUAACCCUCACCCCCAGAGCAAACUGUAACCACCCCCAACACGAACUUUGAAAUCCAGCCAAAAAUUCAUACAAUCAUCUUCUAAAACGCUGACUUCAUCAGACAAAGAUAAACUUUAGGAAGUUAACUAACAAACUCUCUGUUAUCUGGAUUUGAAGAAGAAUAACUCAUUUCAGAUUGAAUUUUUUUGUUUUCAGACUGAUUUUUAUUUGGAAAAUGAGUAUACUCGUCUUUUUCUUUGGAAAACUUUAUCAAUUUUUUGUGUGAUAUGAGUAUGUACAUGCAUUCAUCAUGAAAAGACAUUUGAUAUUCUCCAUACCUCUUCCAUACUAUUUUUUUUGGCUUUUGGUGUAAGAAUUACUUUGUCGUUAAGUUUAAUUUUUCCUAAGACUCGCAUUGUUCAAUCAUGCAUUUUUGAUUUUUAGAUAAUAUUUCUCCCCCAUGCAAUGCACGAGAUUUACUUUUUCAUUUUCUGUUUUAAUAAUGUUUACAGAAUUGUGUACAUUUUUAUAUCCAUUUGUGCUGGGUUUUCUGUACUGUAAUAAUUUUGCUAUGAGAUGUAGUAACAUUGGAGAUUUGGGGGUCAGGUGUUUCAGCUUUCAGCGGCAGGGAAUCGUACAAUGGUUUCUGUGGUAAUUGUCUGUAACACAUGUAAAGUGUUCUUAAUGACGGACACGCCCAUCAACCUCAAAACGAGGCAGGGUGCGACCAGAUGUGACAGUUGUCAUGGAAACCGCUAUUUUGACAAGUGCUACUAUUUUACUAGUGCUUGGAAAAUUCUAUUAUUAAUAUGGAUAUACCAUAUGUCAUUAAAUAUUUAUGUUGCCUAUAA